GCUAGCAUGUGUUAGCAGUUAGCAGUUAGCGAGGAGACGCGAAGUAGCUCGAAACUCUCGACGCGAACAUGUCCCUGAAAUAGUUCGCGCGAAGUUCACAGUUUCUUUGUGUUGUUGUGUUUUUUUAAUUUGUGAACUCCUCACGAUGUUUUCUUCUGUCUGGAAUUUUGUCAAACGCCACAAAAGGAAGUUCAUUUUCACCGGAGCUGUAGUUGGAGGCGUCUACUUCCUGGGUAAAUAUGCCCAGAAGAAGCUCAUGGAGCUCCAGGAGCGGGAGGCGACCGAGUACAUGGCUCAGGCGAGGAGACAGUUCCACUUCGAGAGCAACCAGAGGACCUGCAACAUGACGGUGCUGUCCAUGCUGCCUCCGCUGAAAGAAGCCAUCGUCAGUCAGCUGAACUCGGAGAGUCUCACCGCUCUGCUCAAGGCCAAACCAGCCAACAAACUGGAGAUCUGGGAGGAUUUGAAGAUCAUCAGUUUCACUCGCACCGUCGUGGCCGUGUACAGCACCUGCAUGCUGGUCGUCCUCCUGCGAGUGCAGCUGAACGUCAUCGGAGGAUACCUCUACCUGGACAACUCGGUCGGGAAGAACGGCACGACGCCCCUCGCUCCCCCGGACGUCCAGCAGCAGUACCUGUCCAGCAUCCAGCACCUGCUGGGAGACGGUCUGACGGAGCUGAUGACGGUGGUGAAGAGAGCCGUGCAGAGCUCGCUGGGAGAAGUGUCUCUGAAGCAGAGUCUGUCCCUGCUGGAGUUGGAGCAGCAGCUGAGCUGGAUCCGAGCGGAGGUGGAGGCCGGCUCGGAGCGCUCGCUGUCCUGGUACCUGCUGGCCGACGACGAGAACGCACUCGCCGACCAGGCGUGUGGGUUGACAGACAACGACGUCCUGACCAUCAGACUGUUGAACGAGACGAGGGACAUGUUGGACAGUCCGGACUUCGCCACCGUCCUGAACGUCUGUCUGAACCGCGGUUUCUCCCGUCUCCUUGACAACCUGGCCGAGUUCUUCCGCCCGCCGCCCGGUGACUGCGCCGCCGCCCCCGACAGUCUGUCCGUGGUCAAUCUGCCGCUGGCGAAGAUCAUCCCCAUCAUCAACGGUCAGAUCAACCUCAUCUGCAGCGAAACGCCGAGUCACUUUGUUCAGGAUCUGCUGCUGAACGACCAGGUGAAGGAGUUCGCAGCCAACGUGUACGAGACGUUCAGCGCGUCGCCGGACUUGCAGAAGUAAAAACCCUCCACCGAUCACGAGGAGCAGAAGAAGAAGAAGAAGACGUGGACUCGUUCACUCCUCCUCUUCCUCCUCCUGAUCUCUGUCGGACGAUUUUCUCCUCGGCACCUCGCGGACGAAUUCUGUGAACCUCUCCGUGAUGGAUUACUACUGAACUGGUCGCGGAGAGAGAAAAAAAAAGACCCGUAGUCGCUGCAGAGCCCCGUGAUCAACCCCCGGAUGAACCGCUGCAUCAUGGGACAACCCGGUAAUGUCGUACAAAAUUGACCCCGAGGUGGAAAAAGAGCGGGGGGGGAAACGCUGAAGCUGUCGGCGAAGGAAUCGGGCGCCAACGUGACGGCGUCGGUUUCUUUUAUGAUUUCCCCCUUUUGUGUAUCUGUUUGUUUCUACGUCUGUGAUUCCAGAUCAGAAGCGUUCGACACACCGUUGCUGGGUGUCUCCUGUAUUUAAUUUCCAUGUACAGCCGAGAUAUUCCAACGUCUGAAACUCAAACGAUCCCAGAGUGAGAAGACGAAGCGUCGCCGGUGAAACACGUCGUCAGAGACUUUCAGCUCGUUUCGGAACCGAGAGACAACGACGAGUCAAAAGAGUCAGAAAUACAUAAAUGACAAAAUAAAUAGUAGAACAUUCAGAAAUUAAAACUUGUUCAGUAAAACACUUCACAGUCUA